CCACCCCAAUCUCCAGCAGCGCUCGCUCCUCUUCUCGUCCGCACAACACCGAGCAAGCGAGAGGAGACGGAGAGAGCCGAGCAGCAAUGGCGGGCACCGGCUGCCACUCGCUCCUCUCGCCGGCCUCGCGGCUCUCCCCUGAGUUCUUCUCGCGCCGUCGAGCCUCCGCCGUCGGUAGGGGAGCCUGCCGGCCGAGUAAAGUGCGACCUCAGAUCCGAUGCUGCGCGAAAGAUGACGAUUCGAAGGGAUGUGCAGACAUGCCCAAGGGCAAGGAUGAAGAAACUAGGCCGUCAAGACGAAAAUGUCUUGUCUGUCUAGGUGCUGUAACAUUGAUCAGUGCAACAGGACCAACAAUUAGUACACCAAACGGACUCGCUGCGGAUAUGAUGAACAAGCCUGGGAUACAGAAAGCUGUUUGCAGAAAUUGUAAUGGUAGCGGUGCUGUGAUAUGUGAUAUGUGUGGUGGCACAGGAAAAUGGAAAGCCCUCAACCGAAAGAGGGCAAAAGAUGUUUACGAAUUCACAGAGUGCCCGAAUUGCUACGGUCGAGGGAAGCUGGUAUGCCCAGUCUGUCUUGGAACUGGCCUGCCGAACAACAAAGGCCUACUCCGGCGACCAGAAGCAAAGCAACUGCUUGAUAAGAUGUACAACGGCAAGAUAUUGCCAAGGUCAUAGUGUCGUAGGUCACACAGCCAAAGGAUUUUGCUUCAGUCAUCGAGUAGGAAUAACAUUUGAGACAAUGUAGCUCGAGUGUAAAUUUUCGUUCGAUGUUCAACAAAAAUUACGGCUUGGAAUUAGCUUUCAGAUGAAAGAUAUGUACUGCAACGAUUCAGGCUCCUUUGGCUGUUAUAGUCAUCCAGAUUAUUACAAAAAUACAGCGAUUUAUUUAUAAAAACGUUCAUGCUGUACCAGAGCA